AUGGUCUCUCUUCGCAUUUGUUCCGAUAACGAGGAUGGAGCCCCCAGUCGCUCUCCCACAACGGAACGAGGAAACGAGAGACAAGGCCAUGACCAUGAUGAUAGCAUGGUCAAUGGCACUGUUAACUUAAAUGGUCACGGUCAUACCAAUGGCCAUUCUAACGGAGACGAGCCUUCGCUUCCUGCGGCUCAAGUGGCAAGUCCCUCCCUGUUCUUGAGGAACCACCCUCAAGUACCCGCUGAUAUUGGAGAGGAAUGGCGGACUCUCCCAGAAGAGACCCGGCUACAGACACAGGGCCUUCAGAUUCAUCUUGAUAACUUUCUCCGCCCCUCCUUUUCUUUCAGAAUUUCGUCCAGAGAUCAAGUCACUCAAUGGACGAAUGUUGCUGAAGAAAACACCAGCGUUUCUCCUACUCACCAAGACUCUAUGAACCAGAUUCUAGAGGGCGAGGGAGAUGAAGGCAAGAACGAAAAUUCGCAUCAAGAAAUGCUACAAAAAUGGCCAUGA